GCAGCACAAAACUCGCUUUUCCGUUAUCUUUAUUUACACUGGACAUAUUUAAACCAAUCAGAUACAUAGAGAAAACACGCUAGUCAGGCUGCAUCCAAAAAUUAAUUCAUCCAUUCGCCUUUAAAGCUCUUUGUUGCAUGAUGUGCUAAACAGCUAGCAUAAUUAGCCUACUGAUUUAUUCACAGCAUUGUAUUUAUGUUUUUAUUGUUUUAAUCUCCUGCCAAGUAUAAUAUCAAGGCGUUAGCGAAGGCAUCGAAUCUAAUGGAAAUGACUCAGAAACAUCAGCAGAGCCUCCACCUGGAACAAUGCAUCCUCCACCGCUGCUGCGACUGCUGGAGACAAGGAGACAGAGAACAAAGAGGAAACGUCAAACAUAACAUCACAAGAUUCUAUUAUAGAUAUUCCCAAAAGUGUAGAAGAGGGUGAGAAGCCACCACCUCCCUCUCCCCUGAAGAAAACCUCUGCAGGCACUGCGACAAAGUCAUUUCCAUCAACAUCCUCCUCUCCCUCUACAUCACUAACAUUGUCCCCUGUUCGAGCGAAGAUGAGUGUUUCCGGACCCUGCAGCAGUAAAUCUGCCCUUCCUUCCACAUCUUCAUCGUCCUUAUUCUCAUCCUCUGCGACGGCUUCCUCGUCAUCUUCUGUCUCUGCCACCCCACCAAAGAUCCACAGAGCCCGUAAGACCAUGAACAGGCCGCCUCCACCAGGACAGAGCAGUCAAACGGAGUCUUCUGUUGCACCUGGGGCUCAUUCAGAAACCUCUGCCACAUAUGACCCUGAAACAAUUGUAAAAAGAAGAAAGUUAGACCUUUCAUCUGAUGGCAUUUCUAAGAAGACAACAGACAACGCUCAGAAAGUGGAAGAAAUGUUAGUUCAUACAAAGGUCGAGUCUGUUUCAAAAGCACCUGCACCUGUGAGGAGCCUUGACAACUCAGAUGAGGAAGACGUCACGAAAAUAAGGAUCUCCAGUCCUUUUACACUUGAUUCUGAAAAGAUUGGAGAGUUCACAGGAGAACAAAGAAAACACACUAAAACCUCGACGGGAGCAGAUCAUACCUUAAGAGAUGUCCAGAGAAGAAAGGAGGACGAGGCGUCUUCAUGUGCACAGUCAGAUCAGGACAAGGCCAGAAAUACUAAUGAUCUGGUCGAGACGGUGGAAGGGAGAUCUUCAGAGUACACAGAGGUUCCUCUCGAUGCCCUUGACAUUGCUGCUGCAGACAGUCUGACUCUUUCUCCUCAUCAUGAAGGCAGUGAUGCUGGAGACACCGAGCGACUGGAGGAGCUCCCUCUGUGCAGCUGCAGAAUGGAGGCACCGCGGGUUGACAGCACCAGCCACAGACAGAGCAGACAGUGCAUGGCCACUGAGAGCAUUAAUGGAGAGCUGAGGGCUUGUACCAGCCAGACAAGCAAAGUGGAAACCAUGCGUCCAUCCAGUCGUGUCCCCCUCAUGGUGCUCUGUGAGGUCCAUCGCUCACACAUGGUCAAACAUCACUGCUGUCCUGGCUGUGGAUACUUCUGUAUAGUGGGUACAUUUCUCGAAUGCUGCCCCGACCAGCGCAUCGCUCACCGCUUCCACCGGGGCUGUGUCACGGUGCUGAACGGUGGACGCAGCCGAGCAAACGGCGGUGGUAUGCUGUUCUGUCCACACUGUGGAGAAGAUGCCUCAGAAGCCCAGGAGAUCACCAUACCCCACUUCAGCUCGGCCACUUCAUCUGUGACCACCGUGGUCACCAUGUCGGCGUCCUCCACCACUACACCUUCUCUGCCUCCAUCUGUCCCCACAGAACCUUCGUUUACAGCAUCCACGGGAGGGACGAAGGACGGCAAAAUGCCCGAAAGACCCAUCAGCGCUCGUAUGCGCAGCCUUGGCCUGAAAACACUGGCGGUAGAGCAGCAGCAGCCGCCGCAGCCUGCUGCCUCAGCGGUGAUGGAGACUGUGGUUCCUCCAGCAGAGGAAGGAGUGGACAGUGUGGGACCCACUGUCUGUAUGCCCAAUGGGAAGCCCAUCAGCGCCAGUGCACUUCCACCUGGGCCCAGCAGGGCGGCACUGCAGAAGGCCAUUCUUACACAGGAGACAGAGAGGAGGAAGAAACUCAGAUUCCACCCUCGCCAGCUCUACCCUGCUGCCAAACAAGGCGAGGUGCAAAGAGUCCUGCUGAUGCUGCUGGAGGGCAUCGAUCCAACCUAUCAGCCUGACUCACAGAACAGGCGCUCUGCUCUACAUGCUGCUGCUCAAAGAGGUCUGCUGGAGGUCUGCUACAUGCUAAUACAGGCAGGAGCUCAGGUGGACGCUCAGGACAAAGAGCUGCGGACGCCUCUGUUGGAAGCCAUCAUCAAUAAUCACGUUGAAGUCACCCGUUACCUCAUCCAGCAUGGGGCCUCCGUCUAUCAUGUUGAAGAUGACGGCUACACCGGCCUCCACCAUGCAGCCAAGCUGGGGAACCUGGACGUUGUCAACAUGCUGCUGGAGACGGGGCAGGUUGACGUGAACGCACAGGACAACGGUGGCUGGACACCGAUAAUCUGGGCUGCAGAGCACAAACACGUCAGGGUGAUCAAAUCCCUGCUCAACAGAGGAGCUGAUGUCACCAUUAAAGACAAGCCUCAGGAACAGAACGUUUGCCUCCACUGGGCGGCGUACGCAGGAAACGUGGAAAUAGCAGAGCUGGUGCUGAACUCUGGCUGCUCCCUGGCCUCCGUUAACAUGCAUGGAGACACGCCGCUGCACAUCGCUGCCCGAGAGGGAUACUUGGAAUGUGUCACGUUGUUCCUCUCCAGAGGUGCAGACAUCGACAUCAUGAACAGAGAAGGAGACACGCCUCUCAGCCUGGCACGGGUCGAUACGCCGGUGUGGGUCGCACUCCAGAUCAACAGGAAGCUGCGGAGGGGAAUAACCAACCGCAUGCUACGGACUGAAAGAAUCAUCUGCAGUGAUGUUGCACAGGGUUAUGAGAACGUACCAAUUCCCUGUGUGAACGCGGUUGAUGACGAAGGCUGUCCUUCAGACUACAAAUACGUUUCGGAAAACUGUGAAACGUCCGCAAUGAACAUAGAUCGUAAUAUUACACACUUGCAGCACUGUAGUUGCACAGAUGACUGCUCGUCAAGUAACUGCCUCUGUGGGCAGCUUAGCAUCAGAUGCUGGUAUGACAAGGACCAGCGGCUGCUGCAGGAAUUCAACAAAAUCGAGCCACCGCUAAUAUUUGAAUGCAACGUGGCCUGUUCCUGCUAUAGAACAUGCAAGAACCGGGUGGUGCAGGCGGGCAUCAAAGUUCGUCUCCAGCUCUACAGGACAGAGAAGAUGGGCUGGGGGGUCCGAGCCCUGCAGGACAUUCCUCAGGGAAGCUUCAUCUGCGAGUACGUUGGAGAGCUGAUCUCUGAUGCAGAGGCAGACGUGAGAGAAGACGACUCCUACCUGUUCGACCUGGACAACAAGGAUGGCGAGGUGUACUGUAUUGAUGCCAGAUACUAUGGCAACAUCAGCCGCUUCAUCAACCACCUGUGUGAUCCAAACCUCAUCCCAGUCAGAGUCUUCAUGCUGCACCAGGACUUGAGGUUUCCUCGCAUCGCUUUCUUCAGCUCCAGAGACAUUCUGAAUGGACAAGAGCUCGGGUUUGACUACGGAGACCGUUUCUGGGACAUCAAAAGCAAGUAUUUCACCUGUCAGUGUGGAUCGGAGAAGUGCAAACACUCGGCCGAGGCCAUCGCCUCGGAGCAGAGCAGACUGGCUCGGCUAGAGGCCUGCUCAGAACUGUCAGCCGACUGUGGAAUAACUAUGAUAGGAAACUCUUAAACAAAACAUACUGUGGGGCCAUGGAUUAUACUCCUCAAUAUUUUUUACAUGCACAGCGGAAGUGGAAAUACCCCUAUGUUUGAGAAUAAAUGUUGAAUGUAUGUCGUCCUUUUUUCUACUUGUCAAAAAGUUUUUACUGGAUCUGACUCUGAACCUUUGUGCUUUCGCUAUCUAUCAUUUUACAUAUUCAUGUAGUUCGUUUGUGCCAAUAAAGUCAAAAGAAAGACAGUG